AUGGAGAAAGGCCAUGGGCCUGUGUCUGCCCACCCAGACAUCCUCUCCUUGGAGAACCGAAGCCCGAGUUUCCCCAGUGUAAAGAGCAGCGUGUCUGCCGGCCCCACACUCCAGUGUCUCCAGGUACCACACAUGCUCACUUGGACCUGCUUUGAUCUUCAGACCAAACCCAAGUUUGAGGGGCCAGGGGUUCAUGCUGUGACUCAUAACUGCCACUAUCCCCAGGGUCAUCUGUGCUCAUCAGAAGAAGAGAAAACUUCAGAAGUGAAGCAAGGGGAAGAGGCCCAGAUGACUUUUUAUAGCCAAAGCUUGGCAGAAGAGGAAGCAGUGGAGGAACUGGUCCCUCAGCUUACCUGUGGGGAGUUGGAAUGCCACCCUGAUUUCCUUGGCCAGUACAUUCAGAAAAAGAAGAUGACACUGGUGAGUUUAAUAUGCUCUACCAUGGUCUCAAAUGAAAAGAUGAAAAAUGCAGCUGACAUCACUAGUUUCAUCCUUGAAAUCUGUAGUGCGCUUGCCCCCUUGGAGCCCGAGUUCAUCCUCAAGGCAUCUUUGUACGCUAGGCAUCAGCUGAACCUCCAGGACGUGGCCAACAGGGUGUUGGCCGUUGCUGCCUUCUUGCCCACCUGCCGCCCCCACCUGCGACGCUAUUUCUGUGCCAUCGUCCACUCGCCUUCCGACUGGAUCCAGGUCGCGGAGUUCUACCAGGAACUGGCUAAAGGAGAGGAGAAUAAGCUGGCCCCACUGCCUGCCUGCUUGCGGGCUGCUAUGACUGAAAAAUUUGCUCAGUUUGAUGAGUACCAAUUGGCUCAGUACAUUCUGCCCAAGCACCAUGCCAAGAGACACCACCGCAGGCCACCACAACCUCCAGAGCAUUCAUUUUCUGAGAGAAUGUGUUUUCCAAGGUACCUGUGGCCUAUUCUAAAAGUACAGAAAAAGUUUGAGGUGGGGAAAAAGAAUCCGCCAGGCUUCACCCUUAAGAAGUUGGUAGAGCGGCUGCAUAUCCAUGAGCCUGCCCAGCAUGUCCAAGCCCUGCUGGGCUACAGGUACCCCUCCAGCCCCCAGCUCUUUUCUCAGAGUCGUCUCCCUGGGCCCUGGGACUCAAGCAGAGCAGGGAAAUGCAUGAAGCUGCCGAGACCAGAGACCUGGUCUCAGGCGCUGAGCCUUCGGGGGAGCAAAGCAUCCGCUUGGGCGCAGCUCAUCGACAGCGGGAAGCUUCCCUUCACGGCCAUGCUUCAGAACCUGUGCCACCUGCUGCGGGUGGGAAUCAGCGCCCACCACCAUGAGCUCGUCCUCCAGCGGCUCCAGCACGCGAAGUCUGUGAUCCAGAGUGGGGUGUUGCCCUUCAGAUUCCUUAAUGCCCAUGAUGCCAUCGAUGGCCUCGGGGCUCAACUCCACAAUCAAGCAGUGCCCUUUCCUUCGAAUACAAGGCUGCUGAGGCAGAUAAUGUCAAAACGUAUCAAGAUGUAUCCACGGUAUCUUUGCAAGCUGAGUCGCCGGAAGCUUCGAGCAGCAAUGAUGAUCCUGGUGAUCUAUGAGCAGCUCAAGCAGGAAAAGCUGAAAAUACACAGGGCCAGACAGCACAAAUAUGACAUUGAGCUGGUGGACCGGUACCGACAGGCCCUGCAGGUGGCUGUGAACCUCUCAGUGAAGCACAAUCUGCCGCCGCUGCCGGGCCGCACCCUCUUGGUCUACCUCACCGAUGCCGAUGCAGACCACUUCUGUGCCAAGAGCAGCGCACAGGGGCCUCCCAUGAACUAUGUGCUGCUACUGAUGGCAAUGAUGGUGGCGCGGGCCGAGCAGGCAGAGGUCACGCUGUGUGGAAGCGGCACUCUGAAGACGGCCGAGCUUGUGGCUGAGGGAUGCAUCCUGAAGACUGCGCUCAAACUGCAGGCUCAAGUCCAGAUCGGACACCCACCCCCACCACCUCCCAGUGAGUUAGAGGAGGGGGACGAGGAGCCCCUGGAUACUUUUAAGAAGCACCUGCUGUCUCUGGCCAUCCGAAGGGUCCCCGCUACCAACGUCAUGUCCCUGAGCACAGAGUGGGGAACAAGUGCUCAGUCGCCCAGCACUGUGUCGUCGUCCCACAUCACUGGCAGGGAGGUGGACAGGGCUGUCGUGUUUUCCAACAUGCAAAGUAGCUGGAUGCCAUUUGCAACGAAAUACAUUAUCUGGCAGCAUGUGAAUCCCAAAUGUCUCUUUGUUAGUGUCCACCUAAAGAAAACAGAGCGAUACGAAAUUUGGAAUCCCAAUGACCUGACGUCAGGCUGUACAGACGGAAUAGUGAAGUUCAUUGCAGAGCGUGGAGCCUCACGUCUUCUAGAUCAUGUGGGCCAGAUGGACAAAAUAUUCAAGAUACCACCUCCCCUGGGAAACACACAGGCCCCGACUCUCCAGCCGCUGGAAGAGGACGCUCCCGGCCCCGUGGCUCCUGUGUCGCAGCAUGGCUGGCGCAGCAUCCGACUGUUCAUUUCCUCCACUUACCGGGACAUGCACGGGGAGCGGGACCUGCUGCUGAGGUCCGUGUUGCCAGCACUGCAGGCCCGAGCCGCCUCCCACUGCAUCAGCCUUCGCAGCAUCGACCUGCGCUGGGGCAUCACUGAAGAGGAGACCCCAAGGAACAGACAGCUGGAGGUGUGCCUUGGGGAGGUGGAGAACUCACAGCUGUUCGUGGGGAUUCUGGGCUCGUGCUAUGGCUACGUUCCCCCCAACUACAACCUUCCUGACCGUCCUCACUUCCGCUGGGCCCAGCAGUACCCGCCAGGCCGCUCUAUGACGGAGAUGGAGGUGAUGCAGUUCCUGAAUCGGGAUCAAGGCCUGCAGCCCUGCCAGGCUUUCAUCUACCUCCGGGAUUCCAGUUUCCUCAGCUCUGUGCCAGAUACUUGGAGACCUGACUUCAUUCCUGAGUCUGAGGAGGCUGCCCAGCGGAUGUCAGAACUGAAGAGUUACCUCAGCAGAAGGGAAGAGAUCAGCUGUCGAAGAUACUCCUGUGAGUGGGGGGGCACAGCAGCAGGCCGGCCCUAUGCCGGGGGGUUAGAGGAGUUUGGGCAGUUGGUUCUCCAGGAUGUGUGGAGUAUGAUCCAGAAGCUCUACCUAGAGCCCGGGCCCGAGCUGGAGCAUCCAGUAUCCAUCCCGGAGGAUGACUUGGUGCAGGCCGCCUUUCAGGAGCUACGGAGCCCACCGAGUCCUGCCCGGCCGCAGUUGCUUCAGGACACAGUGCAGCAGCUGACGCUGCCCCAUGGGAAGCUGAGCGUUGUGACUGGGCAGUCGGGACAGGGCAAGACCACCUUCCUGGCAUCCCUUGUGUCAGCCCUGCGGGCUCCUGAUGGAGUCAAGGUAGCGCCCUCAGUCUUCUUCCACUUCUCAGGAGCCCGCCCUGACCAGGGUCUCGCCCUCAACCUGCUCAGGCGCCUGUGUGCCUAUCUGCAUAGACAAGUGCGCAGAGCGAGUGCCCUUCCCAGCACGUACCGGGGCCUGGUGUGGGAGCUUCAGCAGAAGCUGCUGCCCACGUGCACUGAGACCCUGCAGCCUGGCCAGACCCUGGUGCUGAUCAUCGAUGGGGCUGACAAGGUGGUGAACCAGAACGGGCAGCUGACCUCAGAUUGGAUCCCAACGACCCUUCCGCGGUGGGUACACCUGGUGCUGAGUGUGUCUAGUGACUCUGGCCUUGGGGAGACCCUUGAGCAGCGCCCAGGUACCCACGUGGUGGCCCUCGGGCCUCUGGAACCCUCUGCUCGGGCCCAGCUUGUGAGGGAGGAGCUGGCGCUUUAUGGGAAGCAGCUGGAGGAGUCACCUUCCAACAACCAGAUGCAGCUGCUGCUGGUGAAGCGGGCGUCAGGCCUGCCACUCUACCUGCGCCUGGUCACCGAUCACCUGAGGCUCUUCACACUCUGUGAGCAGGUGUCUGAGAGACUUCGCGCCCUGCCUGCCACCGUGCCCCUGCUGCUGGAGCACACCCUGAGCACCCUGGAGCAGGAGCACGGCCACAACGUCCUUCCACAAGCCCUGGCCACCCUGGAAGUCACACACAGUGGUCUAACUAUGGAGCAGCUGCAUGCAGUGCUCAGUGCAUGGCGGAAUCUGCCCAAGGGGGCUGAGCGCUGGGAAGACGCGCUGGCUGCUGCGAACAGUGGAGAGCCCUACCCCAUGGGCCUGUUUGCCUACCUCGUGCAGAGCCUGCGCAGUUUGUUAGGAGAGGGCCCUCUGGAGCGCCCUGGUGCCCGCCUCCGCCUCCCGGAUGGGGCCCUGAAGACAGCAGUCAGGCGUCGCUAUGGGAAGAGGCGAGGGCUGGAGAACACGGCACAUGUCCUUAUUGCAGCUCUGCUCUGGAAGACAUGUGACCCCGACGCUUCAGGCUCCUUCCAACAUUGUCCUCCAGAGGCCCUGGGAGACCUGCCUUACCACCUGGUCCAGAGCGGGAACUGUGCCCUUCUGGCAAAGUUCCUCAGCAAUCUGCACGUGGUGGCCGCACACCUGGACGUGGGCCUGCUCCCCCAGCUCUUGGAGGCGCAUGCCUGCUAUGCUUCCUCAGUCCCCGAGGAGGAGCAAGAGCUCCCUGAGGCUGAUGUUGCAGCCUUCCGCACCUUCCUGUGGCAGCAGGCCCCAGUCCUCAGCCGCUACCCACUACUUCUGCACCAGCAGGCGGCCAACCAGCCUGUAGACUCACCUGUCUGCAGCCAGGCCCUGCUGCUGUCCCAGCGAGGGCACCUCCCGCGCAUGCUGCGAUGGCUCAAUAAGCCCCAGGGCGUGCGGGCUCCGCGGAGCUGCAGCCGGUCUCUGGCAAUUCCCUCCUCCCCCACUGCUGUAGCCUUCUCUCCUAGUGCACAGAGAGCAGCUGUGGGCACUGCCAGUGGGACGGUGUACCUUUUGGACCUGAGAACCUGGCAGGAGGAGAAGUCUGUAGUGAGUGGCUGUGGUGGGAUCUCGUCCUGCGCUUUCCUCUCGGACAAUGCCCUGUUCCUUGCUGCCUUUGAUGGGCUCCUGGAGCUCUGGGACCUGCAGUGUGGUUGUCGGGUGCUGCAGACCAAGGCUCACCAGUUCCAAAUCACGGGCUGCUGCCUGAGCCCUGACCGCCGGCUGCUGGCCACCGUGUGCCUGGGAGGGUGCCUAAAGCUGUGGGACACAGUCUGCGGGCAGCUCUCCUUCCAGUACACUUGUGCCAAGCCCCUCGACUGCGUUGCCUUCCACCCAGAGGGGCAGGCACUAGCCACCGGCAGCUGGGCAGGCAGUGUCAGCUUCUUCCAGGUGGAUGGACUCAAAGCCACCAAGGAGCUGGGGGCCCCAGGAGCCUCUGUUAGGACUUUGGCCUUCAGCACACCUGGCCGGGUUGUGGUUAUAGGCUGGCUGGACGGGACGGUGGAGCUGUGGGCCUGGCAAGAGGGGGCACGGCUGGCCACCUUCCCUGCCCAUUGUGGCUUUGUUUCUGCUGUGCUUUUCCCGCGUUCCCAGAGCCAGUUACUGAGGGCUGGAGAGGACGGCAAGGUUCAGGUGUGGUCAGGCUCUCUUGGCAGGCCCCGGGGAAGCCUGGGCCCCGUUCCUCUCUCUCCUGCCCUCUCGGUGGCACUCAGCCCAGACAGCGAGCAGGUGGCAGUUGGGUACCGGACGGAGGGCAUUAAGAUCUACAAAGUCCCUGCAGGUACUGAGGGGCAACGGCGUCGAAUGCUAGACGUGGCAGUGUCUGCUCUGGCCUGGCAGAGCCCCACGGUGCUGGUUAGCGGUGCAGAAGACGGCAGCCUGCAGGGCUGGCUGCUAGAGGAAAGUGCCCUUCAGUGCCUCUGGCUCCUGCCCGGAAACCAGAAGCCGGUGCUGGGACUGGCCACCUCCCAGCACCUCCUGGCUUCUGCCUCAGAGGAUUUCACAAUGCGGCUCUGGCCAAAGCAAUUGCUGAUGCAGCAGUACAAAGCAGGAGACUUGCCCCGUGGUGCUGAGCUCCGGGAACACCAGGGCCCCGUCAGCUGCUGUAGCUUCAGCGUGGACGGAGGCAGCCUGGCCACUGGCGGCAGGGAUCGGAGUCUCCUCUGCUGGGACGUGAGGACACCACAGACCCCUCUUCUGAUUCGCUCCUUCCCUGCCUGUCACCGUGACUGGGUCACUGGCUGUGCCUGGACCAAAGAUGGCCUACUGAUCUCCUGCUCCAGUGAUGGCUCUGUGGGGCUGUGGGACCCGAGGUCGGGACAGCAGCUUGGUCGGUUCCUGGGUCACCAGAGUGCUGUGAGCGCCGUGGUGGCUGUGGGAGAACACGUGGUGUCUGUGGACUGGGACGGGACCUUGAAAGUGUGGGACCUUGGAGGUGUGGAGCUGACCAGCGUCCCUGCCCACUCGGGACCCGUCAGCCAGUGCGCAGCUGCCCUGGAGCCCUGCACAGCCAGACAGGCUGGCUCAGAGCUUCUGGUGGUGACUGUUGGGCUGGAUGGGGCUGCACGGCUGUGGCACCCACUCUUGGUGUGACAGACACACAGCCUCCCGGGACACAGCGGUCCGGUCAGUGCGGCUGCUGUCUCCGAGAGCUCAGGCCUCCUGCUGAUGGCCUCGGAGGACGGUUCAGUGCGGCUCUGCCAGGUACCUAAGGAGGCAGAUGACACCGAGGCGCCUGGGAGUUUCGCGGCCAUCACCGCUGUGGCCUGGGCCCAAGGGUCUGUGGCUGUGUCUGGAAAUCAAGCUGGGGAGUUUACCCUGUGGCAGGAAGCCAAGGCUGUGGCCACAGUGCAGGCUCCAGGCCGGGUCAGCACUCUGCUCUGGUUCUCAGCAGACACCUUCUUCGUUCUCAGUGAUGAUGAAAAGAUCAGCGAGUGGCAAGUGCUCGGGUUCGAGUGGCAGCCGGGUUCCACGUCCAGGAGGUUCAGUCUUCACCUGAAACAAGUUUUGCCAGAAUUUGGAGUCCUGACAAGUCUGGACCUGGCCCCCGAUGGUCAUUCCCUCAUCUUGGUCAAUGCGGAUUUGGAAAUACUACAUAUGAGGCCUGGGGAUGCUCCAAGUGGUCUGUGGCAGACUCUUACUUUCUUUUACACCAGGGACUUGUUUGGAAUCCAUCCCAUAAUAUUUUCCACCCACAAGGAGUACGGGGUGUUCUUCCUGUUUGCAACUUUCCCGGGCAUGCUUUCUUUCUUGAAGCAAAAGGAAACCGGAGAGUUUGAAGAUCAUUUGAAAUUUUUCAUGAAUACCCCGUGUCCUGGUAGGAGCUCCGCAGUGAUAACUCAGGCUAAACCUGAAUCUGAGUCCUCAUUCCUGUGUGCCAACUCCCAUGGAGUGCUGUGGACCCUGGCGGGAUGCACCCCUGAAGGAGAAUGGAGCACAGGGAACAUUUGGCAGGCUGAAGCCCAGGCUGCAGGGCCGGCCCCAUCCUAUGCCAGCAUGGACAUAUUGGCAACCACAGAGUUAAAGAUACAGCAUUGUAGAAAGAUUCAGUCGGACUCUGUCACAGCCCUCCAUGUGCUGCCUGGGAUGCUGGUGACAGGUUCGAGGGAUAGAGAUGUUAAGCUAUGGGCGAGACCCAGUAUGCAGCUGCUGGGCCUGUUCUGGUGCGAAGGGGCAGUAAGCUGCCUGCAGCCGUGCCUGGGACCUGACUCGACGCUGCAGCUGGCUGUGGGAGACACACAGGGCAAUGUGUACUUUUUGUCCUGGGAGUGA